AUGGAGGAUAACACGAAGCAGCACAAUGGCUCCUCGGGGAAGCACCCCUUCUACCGCGGCAUCCGCUGCAGGAACGGCAAGUGGGUCUCCGAGAUCCGCGAGCCGCGCAAGACGCGCCGCAUAUGGCUGGGCACGUACCCGAACGCCGAGAUGGCCGCCGCGGCCUACGACGUGGCGGCACGCGCGCUGCGCGGCGCCGACGCGCUGCUCAACUUCCCGGGCGCAUCCGCCUCGCGCCCGGCCCCCGCGUCAGCCUCCCCCGACGACAUACGCGCGGCCGCGGCGGCCGCAGCUGCAGCCGUCCUGCUAGAGGAUAAGCCGCCGCACGGUGACCUGGAGCAGGCUCCUGACGCCGCCGCCGCCGCCACCGCUCCUCCUCCUGCCAUGCAAGAAGGCGCCACCGAUGAUGUGCCGCAGGAUGAGAUGUCGACGGGCAAUAACGAGGAUCACUUCAUGGACGAGGAGGCCAUCUUCGAGAUGCCGCAGAUGCUGCGCAACAUGGCCGCGGGCAUGAUGAUGACCCCGCCGCGCCUGAGCCCCACCGUCUCGGACGAGUUCUGGCCGGAGUCAGGGGAGAGCCUGUGGAGCUACCACGACCCCUAGCGUGUGUUCUCUGCAUUGGCACCUCCUCCACAGGACAUGAUGAUCGACCGGUGAGCUAGCUGGGCGGCGGUACACUAUACCGGUCGCCGAACUGAAUUCUCUAACCUGGAGAUGAUAGUAUAUGCAUGGACCCCGGUACGACGAAACACCCUCUAUAUAGCUGCUGGUAAUAUAUGUGUGUGCCAUAACUAUAGACUGUGAUACUAUGUGUGCUGCUAGCAAGCUACUUACCUUUAAGUUUCACUUCUCUUUUUCUCCCGCUAAGGUCGUUUUCCUAGGUAAAGUCCACUUUGUUGAUUCGCUCGGCUUAUUGCUCGACCGUUUUAGUAUGAGAGCAAGCAGGCGCGCCACUUUAUCCUUCUUUUUUGUUGGAAAUGUCGAUCGAGUGGAUCGCACAUCGAUCGCAGGGAGACUUGUGCCAUUGUAACAUUUUGUAACUGUAGACAUAAAAUUAAAUAUUUCGGCGGUGGAUAAACUAA